UUUCCUAUGAGAUUUUAUAUUAUCUUGUUCUUGUUAUAACUCUGAAACAGGUGUGUUUGAAUGUGAGCAUGUUAAUAAAGAACUCUGUUUUUGUCGUAACUGGUGGAGCAUCGAACGAUUUCGGAAGAGCUACAGUAAAAGUUUUAUUGGAAGAAGGAGCCAACGUGGUUAUAUGUGACUUACCCACGAAAUUCCUACAUAUUUAUGGCGACGAUAAGGCCAUUUUCUUACCUGUUAACAUAACUUCGGAGAAAGAUGUUCAGACUUUACUAACUGUGGUUCAGGAGAAAUAUAAACGUUUAGAUGGAAUAGUGAAUUGUGUAGAUUUUUAUGAAAAACUUGGUGUAUAUGAUCUUAAAUUGAAAGAGCCACAUAGUUUGGAAAAGUUUACAGAGAUUAUAAAUGAAAACAUUCUAGGUAUCUUUAAUCUGCUUCGUCUCACUCUACCUCUAUUAGUAGAAAAUAAGCCUAAGGUCAGAAGUGGUAGAGGUAUUAUUAUAAACAUGACGAACAAUUCUUCUUUCGAUGGUGACAAAGAAACAUGUGCUUAUUCUGCAAGUAAAGCCGCCAUUCAAGGUUUAACAGAAGCUCUCUCUGAAGAACUUGAGGGACAUAGAAUUAGAUGCGUUUGUAUCAGCACUAGUCUGGCCAGUCACAAUAAGCUGUCAAAGGAACCUAAUGAUUACUUUCACUGGAAUCAAAAAGAAUCAAUUGUCAUGGAUGAACCCAGAAAGUUUGGUCAGCUAGUCAAGGCUGAUAUUGAAUCUACAGUAAUUAGAGCCACAAAUAUUACAAUAGAUAAUCUGAAAAAUAGUUAAAAGUACUGCAAGAUAUUAAUUUCUUAUAAUUUUAGCUCUUAUUCUUUUAUGUUCUAAAAUUAUAUAUUUUGUUUACAGAAAAUGGAUAUCUACCUGAAUUAAAACAUUUAAAAUAACCUAGAAUACUCACUAAAUAGUAAAACUAAGCAGCAGA